UUGGCAGUCAUAUCAAGAGACCACCUCACUGCAGUGGGAGAAACUCCCACUUUCUGGGACUCAACAGAGCUAGAAGAUAAGAUCGCCAGAUCCUACCCGGGAGACUACGGACUGCAGAAACAAGAGUGUCUGGAGGUGUGGAAGGAGGAGAGGGGAGAGAGGCACGUACCGAGCCUCAUCUCGGCCGCAGAGGAGGCGAGAGACAAGGAGUUGGCUGACAACAUCAGAGACAUGUCAAAGAAGACGUGA